UUUUUUUUAAGAGAACCAGACCAACAAAAUCCGACAAUAAGACGGAAGAAGAAGAAAGACGACGUGAGCACGAAAACGUCCAAGAGCUUUGAAGGUUGAUGAAAGUUGAAAUAGCGGCUAACUGCUAAUCGCGGAGAACUGAGAAGGAAAUAGUGAAUUUUUUUAAAAAGAGAAGAAACGAGUUAAAGUGUUGGAUGAUGUUUUCGAGCCUGAAGUUUGCUGAUACAGAGCAGAGAUGCAGCAGCUGUUUGUGAGUAAAGAAGAUAUUCUCCCUAAGCAACAGGAAUGGAAUCUAAAUCUAAACCAAAUGGUCUCAAAGCCUCCAAACAUUAAAGAGGAACAGGAGGAACUCUGGAGUGAAGAUGAAGAGAAACCACAGUCAUCACAGCUUCAUCAAAGUCAAAGCGAUGAGAGCAGAGAAGUUGAGCUUCUUACCUCUAACUCAAGUGAACACAGAACACUGAAAAUAGAAGCUGAAGGAGACGACUGUGGAGGAUCACAAACAGACAGCCACUUGGGUCCAUGCAGUCAUUUACAACCAGAUGCUGAUGACAUGCAGCAGUUGUCGCUGAUUAAAGAAGAAACUCUUUCUGAACAGCAGGAGUGGAAUGUGAAUGUUGACCAGGUGGACAUUAAAGAGGAACAAGAGAAAUUCUGGGUCAGUCAGCAGCUUCAGCAGCUGGAGGAGGCUGAUAUCACCAAGUUCUCUUUCACUGCUGUUCCUGUGAAUAGUGAAAAUGAUGAAAAACCAGAGUCAUCACAGCUUCAUCAAAGCCGAAGUGAUGAGAGCACAGAGGCUGAGCCUGUAGCCAGCAGCUCAUCUGUACACAGAACACUGACAGCAGAAGCUGAUGGAGAGGAUGAUGGAGGACCACAACCAGCCAGCAACUCACGUCCAAACAGUCAUUUACAACCAGAUACCAGUGAUAAGAGUUCGAAGACUUAUGAGUGGAAACAGGCCAGUGACUUUAGCAAUUUCUGUGUUAGUCCAAGCAAAGUAUGUGGCCACAUGAAGUAUUCAAAGAAAUACAAGAGAAGAGAAGCAAGUGAGAAACUAUAUUGUUGCCCUAUCCGUGGUAAAAUGUGGAAACAAAAAAACACUAUGAACAGACAAAUGGAGAAUCAUCCAGUUGAGAAACUAUUUGACUGUCUUGAGUGCGGUAACGGAUUUAGUCAAAAGGGCAGUCUGACCAAACACGUGACAGUUCAUGCAGAAGAAAAAACAUUUCGCUGUCCUGAGUGUAGUAAAAGAUUUAUACGAAAGGGCACACUGGACAUGCACAUGAGAGUUCAUACAGGGCAGAAACCAUUUGUCUGUUCUGAAUGUGGUAAAAGAUUUAGUCAAAGUUGCAGUCUGACCAGACAUAUAAAAAUUCAUACAGGCGAAAAACCAUUUGGCUGUCCUGAGUGUGAUAAAAGAUUUGGAGAAAAGGGCAAUCUGGAGAAACAUUUGAGAAUUCAUACAGGGCAGAAACCAUUUGUCUGUUCUGAGUGUGGUCAAAGAUUUACUCAAAGUUGCAGUCUAACCAGACACACACAAAUUCAUGCAGGAGAAAAACUAUUUGGCUGUCCUAAGUGUGGUAAAAGAUUUAUAGGAAAGGGCAAUCUGGACAUGCAUAUGAGAGUUCACACAGGACAGAAACCAUUCAUUUGUUCUGAGUGUGGUAAAAGAUUUAGUAAAAGUUGCAGUCUGACCAGACACACAAAAAUUCAUACAGGAGAAAAGCCAUUUGUCUGUCCUGAGUGUGAUAAAAGAUUUGGACAAAAGGGGAAUCUGGACAUACAUUUGAGAAUUCAUACAGGGCAGAAAGCAUUUGUCUGUUCCGAGUGUGGUCAAAGAUUUGGACAAAAGGGCAACCUCAACAACCACAUGAUAAUUCAUACAGGGCAAAAAUCAUUUAUCUGUUCUGUUGUGGUAAAAGAUUUGGACUAAAGGGCAACCUAAACAAACACAUGAUUAUUCACACAGAACAGAGGUGGAUUGGAGUUCCUA